ACCAGCUGCCGUGAUACUGAGAGGGCGACACAAGUAACAGUGGUAAGUGGAGGGGGUUGGAAUUCCUCCUCAUGCUUAAAAGGAGCCAAAUUACUGCCGAGUUCCUUGCCCUCAUUCAGGUAAAUAAAGCUCAAAACCGUCUUCCUGUCUCCCUGGAAUAUUACUCAGAGGGAAGAUGUAAUCAAAGCAAGAGAGUGGCCAACAUGGCAAUGGCUGGCUAUGAUCAUGUUGUUGGGGCGAUAUUUCUUCUACAACUUGAGGCCUAUGUUUGCUCAGAAAUCGCCGAACCUUUUCCUCUAAUCAAUGGACGGCCGCGGCCUGUAGUCACUCUGGAGGAGAACGCGCCCAAGGAAUUCACCUGCAGGAUGGAGGGCUGGAAGUCGGUGCCCGUCGUCACCUGGUACCUGAAUGGCAAGAAGCAAGAGAGCAACCAGACCAUGCUCAUUCCCAGCUCCAAUGAGAGCAGGAACCAGAGCUACAGCACCUUUGUCAUAACCACCCGCAGGAAGGACAAGGAACUCAACUGCUCAGUCACUGAUCCUGUCAGCGGGAAGACGCAGAACGCCAGCGUCAUCCUCAAUGUGCAGUUUAAACCAGAAGUUGUUCGGAUGGAUGCUGAGUACAAGGAACACAAUGACUCGGGACUUUUCCUGGUCCUGUUUGUCCUUGUCCGUGCAAACCCUCCUGCCACGAUCACCUGGGUCGAUGAAAGUGGCGGAGUUAUUGUGAACACCUCCAAUUUCAUGAUCUUGGACACCAAGAGUUACCCAUGGUUGACCAACCACACCGUUCAUGUGCAGCUGACGAGCCUGGCAAAGAACUACUCCUUCAGUGCUGGCAAUGAAUUUGGAGUGACUAACUCUUCUAUUGCUUUACCAGGAUUCCUCCAUUCCCGCAUUGAGGUCCCUGUGCUGGUGAUCCUCCUCGGGGGAAUCCUUGGGCUCCUCGCCAUCCUGCUCCUGAACGUUAUUGUACUGUGUGCUAUAUACCGGAGAAAGGAAAGUGCAGAUCUAAAACCCAGCAGAGACUCAGCUGUUCUCAGCGAAUCUACCAGUGUUAAAUGCGAUGAAGUGCAGAUUCCAAGGGAGAACGUCUCCCUCCAAGCAAACCUGAACCAGUAUCAGAACAUUAAUGAUCUGAACCAACCCCCAGCAGAGGCUGAUGGAGCGUCAAAGCAUCUGUCUGAAAACAAGGUGGCGUGUGGUGAUUUGUCCGAUCAGGAAAAUGCAGCCAUGGACCCUAAAGGAUUCCUUCAUUUCCCAAUGUCUGGAUAUAUCUACAAAGUCUCCAGUAUGAGCAGUGAUGAGAUCUGGCUUUAAGCCCCAUUUUAAUUUGAUUGGGUUUUGAUGGACAUGAACGUGGGGGAUCCAAAUUACCAGCCCCAGCCAACCAGUACUCAAGAACUCGGUUCAGGUGACAAUGCCAAUUUUAAACCACAAACUCCACCCCCCAAAAUUCCUCAUGGUGCCUUUGAAUGACUGGAACAGGAAAAAGGUGGUUUAUUAAAGCAUAAGAACUCCCGGGCACAAUUGAGCCAAUCCAGUUAUUCACUGAAGCAGCAGUAGGCAGUUUGGGGUAGACAUUUCUUCUACCUGUUUUGAACAGGCAUUUGAAGUUGCAUAAUUAUACCAUGUCAAUGGCCCGUGAUCCUGAGACAUCUCCUAGAGAGUGCUUCUCAAUUAAUCUUAUUCGCUCCCAUUUUCCCUCAAAGUCUCGCUAAUGUCUCUUGAACGCACCCAGCUGCCUUUUUAAAAGUUACUAUUGAAUCUGCCUCCACACCUCCUUUCAGGAAGUAUCUCGUUGUUCACAGCUGACUGCAAAGUCAAUUCCAUCUCUGCCAGUCGUCAAUCAUCCUCGGUCUACGUGCAUUGGUCACUGGUCCCUGUGUGAGUGGAUGUAAUUUCCUCUUAUCAACUGCACCAUCCACCAUCCCUGCUACUGUUUGAGUAAAUCCCUUCUGUGUGUUUCCAAGGUCUAGACCAAGAUUGCUUUCAUUUACAACCAUUUGCAAGUUUAUGUUUGAACGCACUGGUACUCUACAUGAAUUAGACACUGCACAAGUUGAGUUUAUUGUCAUAUGCACAAUUACGGUGAGGUACAGGUACAAUGAAAAACUGCCUUACAGCAGCAUCACAGGCACACGGGUGCAGAAAGCAUACAUAAUAUAAAUAUAUAUAAACUAUAGAUGAAUUUAUACCAUACAGUGAAAAGAAAAGUACACUGUGAACAUGCAAUCACUUAAUGCAACAAAAAGAAUCAAGGACAGGUCUGUGGUAGUGUGAUGAAAAAGCAUGGUGACUCGUGCUACUUGGUCACCUAGCUCUUUUUUCAAAGACACAAUCAAGGACAGGUCUGUGGUUGUGCAAAGAGGUGGUCCUGAUGACUUGGCCUCCAUGGCCGCCUGUGGCAAUGAAUUCCACAGAUUCACCACCCUCUAGCUAAAGAAAUUCCUCCUCAUCGCUGUUCUAAAGGGAUGCCCCUCUAUUCUAAGUCUGUGUUCUUUUGUCCAAGACUCUCCCACUGUUGGAAACAUCAGGGUAGGGCUUAAUAAUGAGUGGUGAUUGUGCAGUGAUGUUUGGGUUUCUUUCAGACCUCUGUGUGGCAACGUGUAGUGUCCACACAGGAGCCGAUCUUACUGCAAGGGCCACCUUCAAACUGCUCAGAGCUCAGACGUUGGACUGCUUCUAAAUACAAGGACAUUCUCAGCAACUCGUUUAUAUCCCCAGUACAGGAUCUAGUUUAUGUUCUAAGGCUGUGUGUGAGAUAAAUGUCUCCCCUCUCAUUAAAUGUGCAAAGGAAAUCAAAAGUGACAUGCUGUUGAGUUCUACAACACUCAUUUCCCGUCUGGUUGUUUCAUUGUGGAUUCUCCCCUGAUCUCACUCAUUACAACUACUCAAGGAACACUGACCUCUCUGAAAAAGAGAUCACUUUCAGUCAUGUGAUAUCUAUAUUUAGGUCCUUUGGAUGGAUAUCAAUUUGAAUCUUGUUUGAAGGUACUCGUUAAAGCUGAAUCAUGGUCCAAUACCCCAAGAAUUCAAAAUCUUGAAAAUUCCAUUUCUUCAUUGCUUUCUUUAAUCACCCUCGAUAACAAUAAUUUGCAUUUGUCUGAUGACUUUAAUGAAGUAAAUUAUCUCAAGUUCACAAGCUGUUGAAUGGAAAGCAGGUUGGUCAAAGAGGUAGGUUUUACGAAGCAUUUCUGGUGAAUUGGCUCUGUGGUGAGGGCACAAAGAUUCGAGGCGAAUAGUACCCUGCUUCACUCUCUGUCUCCCACUCAGGACUUUACUUGCCCCAACUCCCCACCAACCCCACCCCUUCCCCUCAAAACUUAGUGCAAAUCAUGAACAUCUUGUGCAGAAAUAUGUUUGCCUGCUGUGUAGAAUAGCAGACAGGACAGCAAUAUACGACACUCUAGGCCAGGGGUGGUGAACCUAUGCCAUGCAUGCCCAAGAUGACACAUACAAAAAGUUUAUUGGCAUUCGGCAUGCAGUGCCACCCCUCGAUUCUUUAAACCCCAACCAUAAUUAAAAGAUAUAUAAUGAUUAUCUAUACUGCAAAACGAAGCAGAGAUUUUUUUUCUUACAACCCAGAGCGAUGAGAUGUUUUGAUCGGAAACAUCUCGUGCCAGCUUGGUGCUGGUUGCGAGAGCAUGUGAUGCUGGAUAAUGUAUUUUGAAAUCUUUGCAGACCUGGUGUACACAUCAGUAUUUGGAAAGUAAAUAGUUAUAAUAACAAUACUAUAUAGAAAUGAUGUUAUUUUUCAAUAGUCUUUUUAAAAGAUUAAUAUUAAUAAUUUUAAUAGGUUUUCUAAAAUGCUUCAUUUAUUUAAAUCUGUUUUUGUUAUAUUUUUAUUAAUAGCAAAACAAUUAACGCACAUAAAUUAGCAACAAAACAUUGUUUUUCCUUGAAAAAAGUCCAUAAUUAUUGUUACUAGUUAAUCUAUGAUGACCUGUACUCAAAAUUAUUAUGGCAGGUGAAAGAAUUUUUACCAUAAUUAUUGUUACAUUAAUUAAUCUAUGAUAAUAACCUCUACUCAAAAUUAUCAUGGCAGGUGAAAGAAUUUUUUUUUAGAAGAUUAUCACCUCUUUUGGCACAUGCUCUCAAAAAGGUUCGCUACCACUGCUCUAGGCUCUGUCCUUUCUAUCCUCAGUGACAGAUAAGAUCUUUCUAAAUUAGCCUUUCAACAUUCAGUGUUUUUCUUUACAUUCUGUCAUUGAGAAGAAUGUUUCCAGUAGAGGGAAUGGAACAUUUACAUUUUCUUUUAUAUGUUCAUUCUAAAACUGAGGGUGUUUAUUGUCUAUCCUUAACUGCUCCAAGAAAGUGAUAGGCCGGCUUCUUAGUUCACAACACUCCACGUUUGAAGCGAUGAGACAUGCUAAACUAUUCAGGUAAGCAGUGGGAGACCCAGCACUUAUAAAGCACCUCUCAUAACACCAAGAUCUCCAAAGUGUUUGGUUGGAUUUUGUUAAAAUGUGGGCAUUUUUGUUGACACCUCCAUGACUUUUGGAGUUGCCAUGGAACUCAACAGCUUUCUUCUAUUUCAAGAGCUAGCUGAAGUUUUGAGGAAUGAUGAGUGCUCUGUUUGAAGGGAAUUCACGGUCCAAUGGCUGAGGACACUUUGUCUAUAGGCCUGUGGAAGAUGGGAAACCUCACAUUUGGACGAUCCUGGGAAACAGAAGACUUGAUAUGGAAGCUGAGAUGAUGGUGUAGGAACUGCAAGACUGUGCAACUGGCUAAGCCAGGGAGGUUGUGAUGGUGAUACCGAAGAUGAGAAAGGCAGAUGACUUAUUCAGUCUUGGAAUUGUUCAAUGGAUGUGUUCCAGAAGAAAUCAACAACUUGCCCCUCAGGAUAUUGGUUACAUUCCAGCAAUACACAGCUCAAGUGAAAGCACAAGGGGAAAAACAUGGAGAGCUCUGUGACUUGUCUCCACCAUCUGAGAUGGAGCACAGAGAGGCAAACUCAGAGGAAGACAGAGAAACAGGAAAAAGAAUCGAGGGACAAGAAAGGAAAAUUGGAAGUCUAAGGUGGAAGGCUUUUGGGGAACAGAACAGUUGAGAGAUGGGAAUAUUUAGGGGAGCAGUAAGAGAGCUUAGGGGACUGGAAAGGUCUUGUUUUGAGUAUGGGUCGGGUAGAUAGGAAGGGGAAAAUGGUAUUCCCCAGAAUUUGUCCUCCAGAACCAUUUUUUGCACUUUGUUCAACAGCUGGUAAUGGAUUUGCCAGAUUUACAAUGAAUUUGCUGGGAAUGUAUGCUGCUGAACUGCAUGCAAUAUUACAACAGGUCUGAUAAUGCUAUUGAUUGAUAGAUCUGCUUAAGGAGCUGCUAAUUACUGUAUUCAUAUUGUUUAACAAUGCAAUACUAUAUCUCUUUGUUUUAUAUAUAUAUAUCUCUAUAUAUAUUAAAAUAAAAAUGUCAUUAA